AGUAUUAAUUAUGAAAUGACUUUGAUUGGGUUUUGCACUCCUUCACCCUCUCAUGUUUGCAUUGCGGUCAUCGAAAAAAAUAUUUCGAUAAAAUUGCAAACAUUUUUAAAAAGUCUCAUCGAAUAAUGGAAUCCUCCUCAUCUUUUGUAGCCACAGACAAUGGUCUCGAAGAUAUACAGUGCCUAAUGCACCUGGAAGCCCUCAAGCGUUUCAACGAUGACAAAAAGAUCGUGCAGCGCAUUGUGGAGGAGUCUGCGCGCAAUUGGCUGGAAGCCAAGUGCGAGUAUCAGCGCCACUACAGCCGCUUGGUCAGAGUCGCCAAGUGCACUAUGCUGGGCAACGCCAUAGCGGCCCAGAAAAGCGUAGCGCCCGACCAGGUAGCGUAUAUUUCCAGCGAUGUGCGAACAUUGGCUUCCAAAAUUUCCAGUGACAAACAAGCCACAGUCCUGGAUGAGAAUGCCAUUGAGAAAUGCACCGUUAACCUGGAGACGGGCCACAGAGCACGUUCGCUGCUCAGCAAGCAGCAGCGAAAUUGUGCUGAGAAUAUGGAAACCCACAAGUCGCUGCAGGAAUCGGUGGAGUUUGUGGAGAACGGCCUGGAGGCAGCCACACUGAAGGCACUGGACAAUCCGGUCAGUGAGCUGCCGCCGAGGGAGUCGAGCAAGAUUGAUGAUUCGUCGUCGUAAAUAUAUUUGGAAUACAUGAAUUCUUUGUACUUUAUUAAAAGCGCAACAGAUUUUAAAUGAAAACUA